AUUCAAGCCAGAGAUAAAAGAGGACAGAUUUAUAAUUGUGCGGUCACAGAAGGAACCUGCUCAUCACUGAACAUUAAUGUUCCUCCAGAAGUUGUCGACAUGUCUCUUGGACUUUCCAUGGUUCAAGAGCCACAAUCUUCAAAGGUGGUGGUUUGUGGUCCAACCAUUCCAAAGAAAUGUGUAGCAGCUACCAACUACAGAGGCAUGUGCUUUAUCCAAGAAAACAAUGAGUUUAAACCACUAAUUCCGAGCCCUAAUUAUCGAGACUGUCUUGGUCAGAUUGACAUAGCUUUUCUAUUAGAUGGAUCUGGGAGUGUAGGAACUUCUAAUUUUGGGAUCAUGAAGUCUUUUGUGACAAAUGUGAUCAAACGUUUUACUGAGCGGGAUGGACAGUUUGCUAUUGCUCAGUACUCCAGAGAUUGUACUAUUCACUACAAUUUCAUUCAACUCAAAAUUGAAGACCCCACAUGGGAGUCUAAGGUAACAGGUAUACAGGACUUCGGCGGUGGCACUCACACUGCAGCAGCCAUCCAAAAACUUGUGAAUGAGCUAUUUACAUCAGCUGGAGGGGCAAGACCAUUAGCCAAAAAAAUCUUGCUUGUUAUUACUGAUGGAGAGUCACAAGACAGGAGCUUAUUGACAGAUGCAGUAUCACAGGCAGAGGCAAAGAACAUAGUACGAUUCGCAAUCGGGGUUGGCAAUGCUUUUAAUAAUUUCAGAGCAAAAGAGGAGUUAAAUACAAUUGCUUCUGAUCCAGAUAUUGAUCAUGUGUUUAAAGUGACAGACUUUAAUGCACUAAAUAAUAUUCUUCAAAAACUGGAAGAGAACAUUAUUGGCAUUGAAGGAACUCAGACUUCAGGUGAUUCCUCUAGAAUGGAGUUUGCACAGGAUGGAUUCAGCACAGCCUUCACAUCAUAUGGAAGUGUGUUGGUGAGUGCUGUUGGAGCUUUCCAGUGGAAAGGUGGUUACCAGGAAUAUGUUCCAAGUAGCUCCUUUCAAACAGGCAAUAAGCAUGAAAGCUAUCUAGGUUAUUCGAUGGCUGUUGCAACAGUUUCAGGGAUCAGCUAUGCUAUUCUUGGAGCACCAAGAUACAAGCAUCAAGGACAAGUCAUUGUAUCACAAAUCAGAACCAAUCAACAUAAAGAGCUGGAGUUUCCCAGGGUUGUUCACAAUAAUUACAGUAUCAUUUUCCCUAUUCAAUGAUUGUGUAAUAAGUCAAGAUGUUACAGUGCUGCUGUAAGUUUGAUUUUAACAUUAAUGGAUACUUAAAAGCAGCCCCCCCCAUCACCCCACACCCGUUUAUUCAUGUUAUGAUUCAUGUCAUCUAAAGCCUUUAUUUAUAGAUGUGGAAGCCAACACACUCAUAAAUCACAAAGGGAGUUUUUUUUACG